AUGGAGCAGGGUUGUGUCGCUGGUCUGUACCAGUCUCUGGGUAUGUCUGUCGGAGCAGAGUUUUCCUCUGAAGAUGUGAGUCUCCUCUUCCGCAAAGUGUUUCACAGUCCCUCCAGCACUGAUGAAGCACACGGUGCUAUGAAGAAGAUUGCAGGAGGUGACAAAAGCUGGUCCUGUGUUGGUGAAAACGUUUUUGACGUUCUCUUAGAAAUGGAAAGGGAGAGGGAAAAGAAGGAACAGAUGUACUGGGACCUCCAGCUGCUAAAUGCUGGAAAUCUCAAUUCUCCCUAUGCGAUGGACAAGCCAGUUAUCAUCAAUCCUCAGGUGCUGAAUUGCGUGCACCAAAGCACAGACCCAAAUUCCUUCAAAAAGGCUUACAACUCAGAUACAGGAUCCUUACACUCGUGCACAAUUGACGCAGACAGUUUACAGACGGGAAGACUAGCGGGGAAAAAUGAGCUGCAUGGGAGUGUGAGGGGUGUGAAGAGGCUUAAGAAAGCAGCCAGGCAGUGCUGGAUCAGAUUGGCGUCAGAGGGUGUGCAAAGCAUACUGCACUCUCCCUGGCAGGGCCAAAGCUUAAGGGUCAAAGGUCAGGCUUGGGGCUGUGUCUCCCUGUCAGACGUCCUACUCUUGGUGGAAGUGAAAUAUGAUGUUAUGACCCACUUGCUUUAUACAGAAAUGCUUCAGGAGCACCAUACUCCGCGUGUCUGGGAAACCUUGCUGCCAUGGCAACGACACAAGGAGGAAGAGGAGCUGGAGGAUCUUGCAGAGGAGGCUUUGGAGUCAGGUGACAUGCUGUUUUUGGCUGAUCUGCCAGGAGCAUUCAGGAUAUACAGGUUCUGUCUGGGUGCAUCUUUUAGAAGCUGCCCUGACUCCAGGGAGCAGUCCUGGUCUGCCGCUUCGCUCCUGUAUGAGAUACACACAUGUCGUCAACAUGAAAGGGACACAUUGACAGUCCUGGGAGAGAGGCUAGAUGGGGAGAGCCUGAGACUGCUGUGUCUGUUCAUCAGGAUGGCAACUCUCAGAGCUCAGAGAGAAAAACUGUCCUACAGUGCUCUUCUGGCAGCAAGGCAGUCCUGGGAUACAUGGCCACAUGUCAGCAGUCCAUGCCGAGCAGAGCAAGCUGCUCUGUGGCUGCGUGGUGAGGAGGAAGAGCAACGAAACAAAGACUUUAUUUCACUAUCACCGCAGCAGGCCGUGCUGCAGUUGCUGGUGCUGACUCAGGAACAGGAGAGAAAGAUCCUCGUCAAUUUGGUACAUGGGGUCUCCCUAGAGGAUUUUCAAGGGCCAGGUUGCACAGUGCCUCCAAAAGAGGAUAGUCAUAAGAUAACUGUUUUAAGGAAUGGCUGUAUAAAAAGGCUGAGACAAAUCCAUGCCAGCUUGCAGACACACAAUGAGACUCAAACCCCCUUAGAAGAAAUGAACUCUCAGCCCCAGCCCCGCAUGCAGGCCCACAUAUGCAGUAAACUGGCAGUGUGGUCCCAACACCAGCUGGAAGAUUGUGCCUUGCUCCUCUUGACUCAUUUCCUGGAGCUCCAGGAGGUCCAAGCUUCUACGGUACUUCCAGUAUUGAUGGACAAGAGUGCACAGCAUGUCCAAGUUCUGCGAGAUGAGUAUGAAUCUGAACUUCAAGCGCAGCGCUACACCAACCUACUCCAACUCCUGAUCUCAGAUGACCCUCUUACUUCAAGUUCUAUGCUCAUCCCUAAUCCAAACUUGAUAACACUGAAUACUGAAAACAGCAGUAAGGAGCAAAAGAAAGAUCAGUCCUGCAGCUCUGGAGCAGUGGAGGCCCAGGACAUCGGUGCUGGGCCGGGUGGAAUUGUUUCAGUCAGAGGGAUGGACAAAGAAGGAAAUGGAGUCCAAGCUGCUGAUGUGACUGACAAACAGGAUGUCUGUACAGGUUGUGAAACAGUCAUGGAGGAGAUACCCUACUUGGAGAUCUUGUGUGCCUCAGCUGCAACGAGUACAAAUCAUCAGAGUCUCACUGUAGAAGGAGGACACCAAGAGGAAGAAGAGGGUAGUGCAACAAGGAGCCCCCAGAAUUAUGAGAAACAAGGCUCUUUGAUAACUCUUGCUUGGAGCAAACCACCAGUGGAUGACACUGACUAUGACACAGAGGCUGCAGAUGGAGGCACAGGACAGAGCCAGGACAGUGAGAGCAGUUUGAGGAUCCAAGUCCAGCCCAGUGACAUAAGCAGCACAGCUGAAUACACACAGUGUGAGGAACCUUCUGGAGAAAGCCAUGAUGAGGAGUUGAAACCCACUUUGACUGAGUCUGGUUCCAUGUGUCAGCAUAAUGCACAGUCUGCAGAGAAAGGAGGACAGCUGUCCUGGGAGGAGAGGUCAGCGGUUGAUCUACCACAGAGGGGAGAUGUGUCUGAACGUGACCUGAAAACCCAUGCUUUGGUAAUGGAGACCCUGCAAGCUGACCUCUGCUCUGGACUGACCAAUAAGACGGCUGAGGCUGGGAGAGAUGCGGUUGAGGUGGAAAUUGGUCCCAGCACAACAGAGUCAGACCUGUGGGACCUAAGAGGGCCUGAACCCACUCACACUGAAGAUCAGAAAUAUAAUUCACAAGCCACAUUUGAGUGUGGCCUCGCAGAGAGGGGGGCAAUGCGGGAGGCCACACUGAUGGAGAGAGAGCGAGUAAGAGAACCAGUCUCAGCAAUGGAGAGAGAGAGAACAAUGCGCAACCUGGUGGACAUGCAGAAGAAGGUCGAACAGAGGCAGCAGAGAGACAGAGAGAGACAACUGCUGAGGGUUCAGGAACGUCUGUCCAUCAUCCAAAACAGAAAGGCAGAGGAAGACCUGCUUGGCCUGAAGCAUACCGACAGGUUAAAGCACCUCACACAAGAUCUACCACAGGAGGACAAGACCCAGCAGAAAACGGUUGUCAGAGAGCGACUGGAGCAGCUGAGAAGAGAGCGUUCUUAUGUCAUGCAGUCCAAACGAGACAGAAAUACCACAGGAUUUAAGGAACUCCUGGGUCCAGUUGCCCUCCACAACAGAGAAACAGAGGAUGGAGCAGACUGAGAUACAGUACUACAUCUGCUUUAAUUCAUGUGUCCAGUUAAAAAGGAUUUUUUUUGUUUGUUGCAAACAAAAUAUUCAGAGGGGUUAACACUGUCCAAAAAUACAACAGAUUUAUGCUUCACUAAUUAUUUAAAAUCUUUGAAGCCACUGUUUU